UUUUCACCUGCGUGCCUGCGACAAAUUUCCUCUUCCGCAUUUGUUCCAAAUCUUUCCAGUUGACGGUCCUCGAUCCCAAUCUCGACUUUUCCAACCCAUCCAAUAAUUCAGCCACACCCUUCCCACGACCACCACACUUCAACCUCAACAAGGCUGAGUUGCAAAAGGCGAACAGUUAUGGCCGAAGAGGAUUGUGAUCACAAUGGUGCCAUUGUCGACCAGCACCGUGCUGCUAGCACCGAGAAGAGCCAAGGCUCAACCAUGCCAGAGGUAUGUCCAUCAUCCGGAGUCGAUGCAUUCAGCGCAGUACCUCCAUUCCAAAUCCCCCUCGUCGGAGAAUUGAGGUCCGAGUUUGCGACAUCUGCCACCACCGUGAUCAAGGUUUUCGACAAACUCGCGAAUCAUACCACCCAGAAGCAAGGCACCGACGAGACGCUGUCAUCAAUGACGACCCUGGUCCAGCAGGUUGGCCCCAUGGCUACGGCUCAACGUACGAUCGAAGGCAAAUUUCAACGAGUCGAUGACGAAUUGAAGGGCAUAUCAGAGUCGCUUGCCAAAGUUUGCUUGGAUGUUGCCAAUACCUAAUGUCGAGUGCAAAAAGAGACCGAAGCGGCUGAAAAGGCGCAGUCGACGACAGCUUGAACAGCAGCCCUCAAGAACUCAAGCAAUGUCAAAGAUCUGACCAAGGUCCUGGGCGACAUCAAAAAAGCCUCAGCUAAGAAUUUUAAUUCCAUUUCCAGUCUGGACGGCAAGGUCUCUGGGAAGCUGGAGGAUAUUAAGAUCCGUCAAAAAACAAUUUGGAAGGUCAACUUGCGAAUAAUCAGCGCGAACAGGAAAUGUUGAAGAUGUAGCUGGAAGGAGUCAAGGAUAAAUACAAUGGGUUCAAGCUCUGGGUCAAGGGAGAGGUCAUCGAUGUCGAGAAUCGGGGGAAUGACGACAGCCGGUAGAAUCGGCGUGAGACUGAUGUCACACAGUGUUUGGUUAAGAAUCGAAAACUGCGCAAAGAUCUCGAGGCUCUGCCCCAACAGUUUUCAGAUCUGCACCUCUACUUUGAUUUGGCAGAUGCGAAACGUUCCAGGAUUGGAUAAACCGAGAACAAUCACACCCUUAUCUACGACGCGGACAGACGAUGGUUUGACUAGACGGAGAACGGGAGAGUUUGUUUAGUUUCGCUUGGGUAGAGUUUGUGUUGGGUGAUCACAGCCCAUACGGCAUCCAUUUCUACCUACCAAGACAAAUACUACAUGGAU